AUGGCCGAAGUUGGUGUGGCUGCCAGUCUAGCUGGCCUUGUAUCUCUAGGACUCCAAGUCUGUACCGGCUUGGUCAAUUACUACAAUGCAUACCGCGAGGCGGAAAAUGAUGUUGAAUGCCUUUGCGACGAGACCAACCACCUCACACAGACCUUGAGGCUCUUCCAAAGAUCAAUCAAUGACAGCCGCAUCGACACGGAUCAAGAAAUCCAGGUCGCUGCAUUGAUCGAAUCAUGCAGCGGCCGCAUUGCAGAGUUGGACACGGAACUGAGGACACUCUUGAAAUACCGGAAAGACGAGCGUCGGUCCAUACGCAAAACCAUGUCGCGCACGAUCCGGGUGUUGUAUCCCUUCACUGCCGACACGGUGCGCAGACUUCGAGAAAGGAUAUCCAAACUCAAUGAGAUCCUGCAGCAGGCUGGUACAUCGAUUCUGAUUAGCCAGAGCAACACCAUUCAAGACACUAUCGACCAAUUCUACACCAGGGAAGACUCGAAGGAGAUUAUCCGCUGGCUGGAUCCACCAAGUCCAAGAUCUAGCCACCUGGACGCUUCUGCGAAGCAUAGGCAACAAACGGGAUCCUGGCUCCUCGACGGCCCAGAGUUCGCACAAUGGAAGAGCUCACCUCGUGCUGUUUUGUGGAUCCAGGGAAAUGCUGGCUGCGGUAAAACUGUUCUUUGCUCUGCCAUCAUUAACUCAUUGAUGGAGGACUGUGAGAGCCAAGCAAAUGCCGGAAUCGCAUACUUCUAUUUCGACUUCAACAAUCAAUCCAUUGCUCAAGAUCAUAAUCGACUUCUUCGAUCACUGGUUGAACAGCUAUCAUCACAAAGUGGCCACCUUCCAAAACCCCUCGCAUCGCUGUAUCAACGCUGUCGCAAUGGUACUGUGCAACCUACGACGGUUGAUCUUGUAAAGACAUUACAAAUGAUCAUCGGCGAUUUUUCACCAUUCUAUCUGGUUAUUGAUGCCGUGGACGAAUGCAAGGAGAAGCAGGAGUUCUUGAACUUUCUCAACACCAUCAUGCAAUGGACACUACCUCAAAUCCACGUCCUUGCAACCAGCCGUACCGAUAUAGAUACCGAGAUUCGGAAUCGCAAAUGGAAGUGUGCCACUGUUGUGGUUGAAGAGCUUGUGGUGGACGCAGAUGUGGAAAAGCACGUCCUUGCAACCCUUGAGGAUGACGACGUCCUGAACAGAUGGGACGCAAUCCAGCAGCAAGUGAUCGCGACAUCGCUCAUCAAAGGCGCAAAUGGGAAUUUUAGGUGGGUGGCAUGUCAAAUUGGAGCUCUGCGGGAAUGUCAUACCCUGGCCGAGCUUGAAGAUGCUCUCAACAGCCUGCCCGCAACCUUGGAAGAAACUUACGAAUGUGCGCUCUCAGCAAUCAGUGAUGCGAGAAAAGAGGCGAUCAGGAAUGUUCUGCGCUGGCUGUCUUUCUCGGCAAGACCAAUCCGUUUGGAAGAGAUUGCUGAAGUUAUGGCUGUCGAUUUGGCCGCGACGCCACGACCAGUCUACGAUGCUCGGAGGCGACUGAUCGAUCCUCAAAGGUUCUUUCAUACAUACAGCACUUUGGUUCGAGUAUUGACGGUCAAGACCAAGACUCUUACUUAUAAAGAAUUACGUUUAGCUCACCUUUCCGUCAGGGACUUUUUAGUCUCCUCCAGGAUCCGCGACGGCAAGGCGUCUUAUUAUGCGAUCGACCCCUUAUCAGCGCACAAGAGCAUUGCGGAGACUUGCUUAACUUACCUUCGACAAUUUGAUACGCCGCUUACCCUUUCGUCGAGAAGUCCCGAGAGCUAUUGUCUCGCCCGCUAUGCUGCCAAACAUUGGCCUCAUCAUGUCCAAGCAGUGGCCGCCGCGGCCGAGAGGGCUAUUUCAGUGACCACCGGCCAGCUCCCAAAGCUGACCAACAUGGACCAGAACGCUCCCGUCAUAGCGCUCAUUGUUGAAUUUCUCUUGUUGAUCCUGAAGGUACUCAAGCUUUCGUCCACGAGUCCGCAAGUGAAGGACCUUCCGAUUGACCUGAACUACUUGUGUACCGAGCUUCUCGGUGCUCAAGAUGCCCAACUGCACAGCCAGAUUCUUUUCUAUGACCCGGAUACGCCGUGGAUGGACCAACCAGAUAUUGCGAGGACACUGCACACUCUCCCGUCUGCAUUAUACUAUGCUGCACACGCCGGUCUGGUCGGGUCAGUCAGAUUAUUGUUAGCCAAGGGCAUUGACGUCAACGCAGUAGGCGGGCGCUACGGGACCGCUUUGCAAGCAGCAGCCAGCAAAGGCCAUACAGACGUUGUCAAGGUACUCCUGGCGAAUGGUGCAAACGUCAACCAGGAGAGUGGAGACUACGGAAAUGCCCUACAGGGUGCGUGCGCCUAUGGUCACACGAGCUGCGCAAGACUGGUCCUCGACCAUGGCGCUGAUAUCAAUGCUCGAGGUGGCGAACAUGGCACGGCCCUACAGGCAGCGGCAUUCAACGGAUAUGAUCAAGUAGUAGCAAUGCUAAUUGAGAACGGAGCUGAGAUCGACGCAUUGGACGACCAGCACAAAACGCCGCUCAGCUGGGCAGCUAGCGAGGGACACACCGAGACAGUGAGGCUGCUUCUUGAUCACGGAUCUGAUUGCAUGAUCCGAGAUGAAAGCGGCUGGACAGCUUUGGACGAAUGUGCUCCGCCUGGGUUUGAUGAGAUCGUGCAAAUGCUAAUCAACCAUCACCGGCCUAUUAUCUAUUGUCAGGAUACUACAGGCUUCACCGCUUUGCACCACACUGCAGGACAACGCCAUGAAUCGACUGUGCGUAUCUUACUUGAGAGCGGCAUGGAAGUCGACGCGCAGAAUCAGUACGGCCGCACGGCUCUGUUUCAGGCUGUAAGCUCCGGACACGAAGACACCGUUCGGUUGUUUCUUCAGUACGGAGCAGAUGUCGACAUUAUCGACGAGUCGGGGUGGAGCGCGCUGCACAUGGCGGCGUAUGUCGGGCAUGUCAUUGUUGGGGCAUUGCUGUUGGAUUACGGAGCCGACAUGAGCCGUGGCAAGGGCGGCAUGACGCCGCUACACGUUGCGGUGCUGCGGAAGAAUAUAGACUUUGUCGAGCUUCUGCUGGAGUAUGACGCCGAUGUUAUGGCUCGAAACGACGACGGCCAGACAGCGCUCGACCUCCUUCUCUUGCAUCAGACUGGCGAGGUUGCCAGGAUCGCCUGGGAGCUGGGCAUUGAAAACCAAAGCGCCACAAUCACCGGCCUGCGCAUCGCCGCCUCUGCGGGCCGCGACGUGAGAAUCCGCCAACUCCUCGAGCGCGGCGCAGACAUCAAUGCGAGAGACGAAGCGGGAAUGACCGCCUUACUUUGGGCCGCGGCGACACGAGGGGCGUCGACCAUGAAACUGCUCAUCGAGAACGGGGCGGAUGUGAACGUGAGGAGCGACUGGGGAUCAACCCCGUUAUCAUACGUCCACGACGAUCCUGAACUGGUGGCCUUGUUGCUGGCCAACGGCUACAACAUGGACACGUCGUCCGCGGGCGGCGGCAAGUUCGACGACACCAAGGCAGAUCCGCACGCGGGGGAUUAUGUCCUCGAGGAAAUCCGGGCCUUGAUUGAGGAGCGCGUGAACGAGCCGUCGACGGCAGGCGAAGACACGCUGUCUAGUUCAGGCGACUCGGAGUAG